CAUCGAUGUUAUUUUACAUCACUAGCAAGAAGACACACAUGUCAUAAGAAAUUUUAGUUUGCGUUUAAAAUAGAUGAAAAUAGCUAUAUAGUUACAUGUCUGCAUCUCGCAAGAAGGAUCCUUGCAAAGCGAACGCCUGCCGCAUACAAGCCUGUUUGAACGAAUCGUCAUUGCAGAAAACAAUUACCAGGAGGAUAAAUGUGCUGACGUUCUCGAGGCUAUGCGCCAAUGUUGUCUAAAGUGGCAUAAGGUAUCGCUUUGUUGCAGUGGAAUCGAUUUGGAAAAACCAUACUUAACAGAAGCAUCCAAAGGUGCCGGCAAGUCAGAAAAAUAAUGUCCAUACCGCAGUACAAGCCACCAAAAGACAUUCAAGACUUGUUAGACAAAAAGGAGCAGCAGCAGCCACAACAACAACCUGGUCAGCGCCGUCGUACAGCCGUGCUGCCCAAGCGCACUUGGAUACAGCGAAACCCGCGACUGUUUCAGAUCAGUUUCCUGACGAGCUCGCUACUCAUAUUCUUCUCCAAGCCCAUUUACGACGCGUUCAUAGCAGAUCCCUUGCCUCCCAGUGAGAUUCGUGUGCCGCCGCACAAACGUUAACGUUGAGGAAUGGAAUCGGUGCGCAA